CGUUCUGUUUGUGAUGAGGAGGCGGGAAAAUGGCGUCCUCGGACACGGCUGAUCUGUGAGCAGAUAUAUCGGCCACCACCAUCAUCAUCACCACAUAUAUCGGCCACCAUCAUCAUCAGCAGAUAUAUCGGCCACCAUCGCAGCUGGCAGCGGCGAGCACCGUCCGACCUCUGUCGGAGAGGGCUUGGGGAGGGCGGCGUCUUGGUUCCGGCAGUGAGCCGAACACGCCGCUGGACGUUUUUAAGCAGCGCUUCCUCCAUUUGUUGCUUGUCUUCUAUGUGAUGCUGGAGCAUGAUGCAGCUGAGAGCGCGUAAAGCUCCUCAGCAGCCAACCUUGGGCGGUCGAGUCCACACGUCCCAGGCCAAGAGGAAACACUGUCCAGUGGAAGCAUCACCUCUGAGAGGCCGAGGCAAAAUGCAGAAGAAUGAAACGGGUCUUGUCUCCACCAUAAAGACAUUUAUUCGGGGGAAUGCUGUCAAGGUGGAGCCGGAUAUUUCCGCCAAGAGGAGUCGCAUUGAUUGUAGCUCUGAAAGUAAUCUCAUUUCUUCAACACCGCAAACAAGAGCCCUUGCCAACAAAUCAGUCUCGAGGGUUUGCAGAAAAAGUCCAAUUAAAGAUACAAUGACUUGCAACAGCAAGCCCUUAAAGCCAAACGGCAAGCUGGAAGCUCCAGUUGAGGAAGCGAGCAGUCCGCCACGCACCACACUGCUGGGAACAAUCUUUUCUCCAGUCUUCAACUUUUUCUCACCAGCAACUAAAACUGCCACUCCGGGUUCGGACUCUCCUGGCCAAGCGAUUGAGGCAGAGGAGAUCAUGAAGCAACUAGACAUGGAGCAGGCAGAGGAAAUGCCAAGCAGCACGCUCACAUCCUCCGAGGGCAUCACCGCUUGUCACGGUGCCCCCGUGUUUCCGCAGAGACUGCAGAUGACUUCAGACUCCACCAUAGAGGACGCCGAGAUUGUGACUGAAACUGACAUGCCCUCAUUAACAGCUCCUGGUUGUUUGCCAGUUGGCAGCUAUCCACACACUUUACCCUCCGCCCCUGCAGAGCCGUCAUAUGAGGAUGACUGGGAAGUGUUUGACCCGUACUUCUUCAUCAAGCAUGUGCCGCCUCUCACAGAUGAGCAGCUGACGCGCAAACCAGCUUUACCUUUGAAAACCCGCAGCGCACCAGAGUUUUCUCUUGUCCUAGAUUUGGAUGAAACUCUGGUCCAUUGCAGUUUGAACGAGCUGGAAGAUGCCGCUUUGACGUUCCCUGUGCUCUUCCAGGACGUAAUAUACCAGGUGUAUGUGCGAUUGAGACCCUUUUUCCGAGAGUUUCUCGAGCGCAUGUCACAAAUGUAUGAGAUUAUCCUCUUCACGGCGUCAAAAAAAGUCUAUGCUGACAAGUUGCUAAACAUCUUGGAUCCAAAGAAGCAAUUAGUCAGACACCGUCUCUUUCGGGAGCAUUGUGUGUGCGUGCAAGGAAAUUAUAUAAAAGACCUCAACAUUUUGGGACGAGAUCUUUCCAAGACGAUAAUAAUCGACAACUCACCACAAGCCUUUGCCUACCAGCUUUCCAAUGGGAUCCCAAUUGAAAGUUGGUUUGUUGAUAGAAAUGACAGCGAGCUUCUCAAGCUCCUUCCUUUCCUGGAGAAGCUGGUGGAACUGAAAGAAGACGUCAGACCACACAUCAGAGACCGCUUUCGUUUGCACGACCUCCUGCCGUCAGACUGAGCACGUGCAGAUCGCCAUGGAAACACAAGGAUGACACUUUUAAUACACAAAAUAAUGUUUUUAUGCAGAAAGUGCAGGACUUCAUUGAAGAUGUUUUGUCAACAAACUGAAUGUGAUUGUGUGGACCAGGUCCCAGGAUUGUGUGGACCAGGUCCCAGGAUUGUGUGGACCAGGUCCCAGGAUGGUGUGGACCAGGUCCCAGGAUUGUGUGGACCAGGUCCCAGGAUGGUGUGGACCAGGUCCCAGGAUGGUGUGGACCAGGUCCCAGGAUGGUGUGGACCAGGUCCCAGGAUUGUGUGGACCAGGUCCCAGGAUUGUGUGGACCAGGUCCCAGGAUGGUGUGGACCAGGUCCCAGGAUGGCCAGUCAAACCUGUAUUAUACUUAUUUGUGGCUCUUUUCUUGUAAAUAUUUGUACAGAUUGUUCUUUCCUUUUUACCGUUUUUAAGUCCUUUUUAUUUUUGGAUUUUAGUAUGGAUUCUUUUUUUUGGUAAAGAAAUAUGUUGGUGUGUUUUGUUUGUGUUCCUGCUGUGAUGCUUUCCUCCGUUCCAUGCAAGUGUGCGU